AUGAUGGAGGUCUGCAUGAAGGCAAUAGGAAUGAGGAGGAUAAAUCAGAUUGAGAAUGAUAUAGGAAACAGAACAGGACAUGGUUCUUUAGUUUUUGAUGAAGGAAUCUUGGAAAGGUCUCAGACUUCCUGUCUGGGUGAUAGGGAAGGCAGGGAGGGGCAGGAUAAGCUAGCUCAGGAGGCCCGCAACAUCUACCAGGAGUUCCUGUCCAGCCAGGCACUGAGCCCGGUGAACAUCGACCGGCAGGCCUGGCUCGGAGAGGAGGUGCUGGCCGAUCCCCGACCUGACAUGUUCCGGGCACAGCAGCUUCAGAUCUUCAACUUGAUGAAGUUCGACAGCUAUGCACGCUUUGUCAAGUCGCCGCUGUACCGCGAGUGCCUCCUGGCGGAGGCGGAGGGACGCUCCCUGCCGGAACCUGGCUUCUUGCGCCUCUGCAGCCCAGAUGCCACCAGAAAGAAGCCGAAGCUGAAGCCCGGGAAGUCGCUGCCUCUGGGUGUGGAGGAGUUGGGGCAGCUGCCGCCGGCUGAGGGCCCUGGGGGCCGCCAGCUCCGCAAGUCCUUCCGCAGGGAACUAGCGGGCACCGCGGCAAAUUCGGCCUUGCGACAAGAGUCCCAGGGCUCCCUCAACUCCUCCGCCAGUCUGGACCUUGGCUUCCUUGCCUUUGUCAGCAGCAAAUCUGAGAGCCACCGCAAGAGCCUUGGGAGCUCAGAAGGUGAGAAGGAAAGCUGGCUAGGGAAGUACUGCUGUGUGUACCUGCCCGAUGUCACCGCUUCCUUGGCCCUGGCCCGACCUGGCCUCACCAUCCGAGCCAUGCUGGCAGGCCUCUGUGAGAAACGUGGCCUCUCUCUACCUGACAUCAAGAUCUAUCUGGUGGGCAACGAGCAGAAGGCCCUGGUACUGGAUCAGGACUGCACAGUGCUGGCGGACCAGGAAGUGCGGCUGGAGAACAGGAUCACCUUCGAGCUCGAGUUGGCUGCGCUGCAGCGCGUGGUGCGGAUCUCCGCCAAACCCACCAAACGGGUACAGGAGACGCUACAGCCUAUCCUGGCGAAGCAUGGCCUGAGUCCGCAACAGGUGGCGCUGCGCCGGCCAGGUGAGCAGCAGCUGCUGGAUCUAGAGAAGCUAGUGAGCUCGGUGGCGGCCUAGAGACUGGUUUUGCACACCCUCCCAGGCGCGAAGAUUUCAGAAGCCAGUGACACAUCCCCGUGCUGUAGCCAGGGAGUCCCACCUAGAACCCGGGACAAGGCCACCCAUCCCCCUCCACUGCCCCUCAACUCGCUGGCCAAGGCGCCCAGUAGUGUCAUUGGGACGCGACAGACCUGUGACAUUGAAGGCCUGGUAGAGCUGCUGAACCGGGUGCAAAGCAGCGGGGCUCACGACCAAAGGGGCCUUCUGCGCAAAGAGGACCUGGUGCUUCCAGAAUUUCUGCAGCUGCCUGCCCAAGAGUCCACCUCCCAGAAGGCCCCACCACAGACUGAAUCAUCAGCCCAUCCCAAAGGGGGCCCCUCAGACUCUACUGCCCACUCGGUCCUCUGACAGCUGUCCAACAGCUCAGGCUGGCUGCAUGGCACCUGGCGGGCCGAGCAUGCAAUAGGCCUGCUCUGCAUGCCCUGUCUGUGCCAUGAGUGUCUCUGGCCCCUUCCUGCCACGGGCAGGCCCGUAGGAAGAGCCAGGAUGGGGUGGAGAGGGGCUCAGAGUAGCCAC